AUGAACGAAGGUUAUGAAUCUUUAGUAAAAAUAAAGCCUGAUUUUAACGUUUCAAGAACUUUAAAUUAUACAUUGAAAUAUUCAUUAAUAGGACAUAAAAAAUCUAUAUCUAGCAUUAAAUUUAGUCCUGAUGGAAAAUGGUUAGCAAGUGCAGCUGCUGAUAAAUUAAUCAAAAUAUGGAAUGCAUUAAAUGGAAAAUUCGAGCAAACUUUUGAAGGACACUUAAUGGGUAUCUCUGACAUUGCAUGGGCUUCUGAUUCACAGUCACUAGCAUCAGCUAGUGAUGACAAAACGAUCCGUAUUUGGAACUUAAUGAGUGGAACAACAAUUAAAGUAUUAAUAGGACAUACAAGUUACGUAUUUUGCCUAGAUUACAAUCCUCAGAGCAAUUUGAUUGUUUCUGGGUCUUUUGAUGAAAGUAUUCGUAUAUGGGAUGUUAAGAAAGGGAAAUGUAUGAAAACUUUAUCCGCACAUUCUGAUCCAGUAUCAUCUGUUCAUUUUAACAGAGACGGUACGAUGAUUGUUUCUUGUAGCUAUGAUGGUUUAAUACGAAUAUGGGAUACUGCAACAGGACAAUGUUUAAAAACUCUUGUUGAUGAUGAUAAUCCUCCUGUUUCGUUUGCUAAUUUUUCCCCUAAUGGAAAAUAUAUCCUUGCUAGUACGUUGGAUAGUACUCAUAAACUUUGGAACUUCCAUAGUGGGAAAUAUUUGAAAACAUAUCAAGGUCAUAUUAAUGAAAAAUACUGCAUGUUUGCUGCAUUUUCUGUUAUUGGGGGCAAAUGGAUUGUUAGUGGCUCUGAAGAUAAUUCGGUUUUUAUAUGGGAUCUACAGUCCAAAAAAAUAGUGCAGAAAUUGAAUGGGCAUUCUGAUGUAGUAGUUUCUGUAAGUGUCCAUCCAGAUAAAAAUAUUAUAGCUUCCGGUUCUCUCGAUAAAACUGUUAAAAUAUAUUAUGGUUCUUGA